CGUUCUACCAUCUGCUUGGGUGACCAUUAUGGGUUCUGAAAUGGCCGCGGCUACCAGCGAAGAUGUGUCUCCAUCCUUGGAGAUUCCGCGCCCGACAAUCGCAACAUGGAGGCUGGUGAUUAUUCUGCUUUGCAUCGCCAUCGGGCUGUUCUUGUCUUUGAUGGAUACCACCAUUGUUUCGACCAUGCUAUACACCAUUUCUGACGAAUUCGACGGUUUCAAAACCUCCUCGUGGAUCGUCCUGGCGUACACUCUGUCCUAUGUUGGAUGCGCCGUAUUCGUGGCAAGAUUAUCCGAUGUCAUUGGCCGGAAAUUCCUCCUGUGCAUGUGCUUCCUGAUCUUCCUCGGCGCGUCCAUGGGAUGCGCCGCGUCGAAGAAUAUGAGCCAGCUCAUCGGCUUCCGUGCAAUGCAGGGAAUCGGCGGAUCGGGGCUGUACGCGAUGGCCAUGAUUAUCUAUCCCGAGAUCAGUCCCCCUCCUCUACUCCCGGCAAUAUCUGGCAUCAUCGGCGUGGUUGUCGCCCUUGCGGGCAUUAGCGGGCCGUUGAUCGGGGGCGCCCUGACGAGUUAUCGUACCUGGCGCUGGGGAUUCUGGAUAAACGGCCCAUGUGCGUUUGUUCCUCUGGUCACCCUGCUACUCGUGUGGCCCAACGAUUUCCAUUUCGCGAAGAAUGUUCGUUUCCGGCACCUUGACUAUCUCGGCGCACUUCUCAUACUGGUCGGAUCUGUCCUGUUUGUCUUCAUCUUGAAUGAAGCAGCCAUCAGAGCCUAUGCCUGGAACAGCGCCCCCGUGAUUAUCGUUCUCAUCAUCUCCGCACUGUCCUGGGGAGCGCUCGUCUACUGGCAGUGGGUGAUCUCGUCCAUACCGAGAUUCAAGCAGAUUCGGCCUCAAUUGCCGUUCCGGCUCCUGUCAAGCCGUGUCAUGGUCGCCGGCUUUGUGAGCACCAUCCUAACUGGAUUUGUCAUGCUUCUGGUCAUCGUCAACAUCCCCCUGCGCGCGCAGAUUGUCAACCUGAAGGACGCGGUCGCAUCGGGGAUUCUGCUCCUCCCGUUGAUGGCAGGCACCGCCGUCGGCUCUGCGAUCGGCGGGGCCGCGUCUGCGAAGCGAAACAAUGCCUUCUGGACGCUGAACCUGGCGAGCAUUUUUAUGGUGAUUGGGAGUGCCUCGCUCUCGACUCUGACGGACUCGGUAGACCCUGCACCGAGGCAGUGGGGACUCGAAGCGAUUCUGGGGUUCGGGAUCGGGUUGAGUCUCUCUACAAUGACGUUUCUUACGACGAUGCAGGUUGAGUUCCAGGAUCAUGCCGUCGCCCAAGGCAUCGUCGCCCAACUGCGCAUCUUCGGCGGCAGCAUUGGCAUCGCCUCGGGCUUCAUCGUCUUCAACACAAACGUCCAGCAUACCCUCGCCGGCGUCCUGACACCCGAGCAACUGGAUGAAUUCUACCGGACCCCCGCCGCGAUUUACCGGCUCCCCGUGCGCCAGCAGCUUGUCGUUCGCCAGGUCUACGUGAGCACGUUCAACACCGACAUGCGCAUCUGUGCGGGGAUCGCGGCGGCGUGCCUCGUUGCGACGCUGUGCACAUAUCAGCGGAAGCCGCAGUCAAUCAAGCAGCGGCUGGCGGAUUUGGAGGAGGCGUAUGCAAGGACUGAGGCGGCUAGGGGUGAGGGGGCUGCGUGAAGGGUCAAGGUUGAGUGGCGUCAAGGGAGCGUGUCCUGCUGUGGAUGCUCGAGGGGUGGAUGUAAUAAGGGUCCUGUAAAGGGAUGAUUGUUGGAAGGCUUCCACUUGCAUCGGUGUCGGCAAUUGAAGGAUUGGUUUUGUCUUUGUCUUUUUUUUUCUCGUUUGUAGCAUGUCAC